GACAGACGAGAGACUAUUUUUUUUGGUGUGUGUAUGAUAUGCGAUAUAGCCGGUGGCGGUGGGGUUGCCAUCUCUAUCUCGGCGUGCAGUCAGUCAGUCACAGACUCCAGCGAGCGAGGGACCAAAACCCUAGCUGAACCCUCCCGGCCCGCGCAGCAACUGCGUCCAUGGAGGUGGACCCCUCGCCGUCGUCGCGCUCGCCCAGGCCGCCGCCUCCGCCGCUGGCGGCGAUGCCGAGCUACUUCGACCCGGAGUCGUCCGGCCGUCGGGAGGAGUACCGCCGCUACAGGAAGAGGUUGUCUUCUUCAAAUGUCUCUCCUCUGCUGGGAAGAUCACUCUCCAAGACCUCUGGACCAAGGCUGUUAUAUGAUGGAGAAAGCAUCCCAAGACAGCCUAAUGCCGGUUUACUCCUUGAAGACAUAAAGCAGGAAGCUGCCGAUUAUUCCAACGUAGAAAGCUUGGAUGGAUUGAGACUGUUCGGUUCGCCGAAAAGGACAUCUCUCGAUGGCGGUUCUGCAUCAGGCGCAGCUUACAGUUCGGGCAGGCAAGCAGUGAGGCAGACGCUGAAGCCAGUCAAACUGGAGGACGAUAUGUAUGUGCCACAUGAAGGAGAAACGCCUUCUACAAUGUUUGCAACUCUCCUUGAUUCUGGGAUCCAAGGUUUGAUGCACUUCCCUGAUGUAAUUCAACAAUUUGAGAGGACAUGUCGAAAUGCUUCGGAGUCAAUCAGAUCUGCUGCAACUGGAAAGCUUCGUGUGGUGGAAGAGAAACUUAUGCAGCAAAAUGCUCAACUUUUACUGGACGAAGCUGCUUCCUGGUCACUUCUUUGGCACAUAUAUGGCAAAGAACAUGAGGAGCUUUCUGGAGAGCUGUUGGUGCCGCCAAUUACAUCUCAUCAGGAGGCUUGCCGCUUUGUUGCAGCAGACAUUACAGCACAACUGUGUCUGCGGAUCAUACUUUGGCUUGAAGGUCUUGCUUCUGAAGCUCUUGAUUUGGAGAAGAAGGUGAGAGGACCUCAUGUUGGUUCGUACCUACCAAGUUCUGGUGUUUGGCACCGUACACAGAGGUACCUAAAAAGGAACAAUGCUGAUUCUACUAUAGUGAAGCAUGUGGAUUUUGAUGCUCCAACUCGUGAAGGGGCCCAACUUCUUCCUGAUGACAAGAAGCAAGAUGAAUUGCUUCUAGAAGAUAUAUGGACUCUUUUAAGAGCAGGAAGAUUAGAAGAGGCAUCUGACUUGUGCCGUUCUGCUGGCCAGGCAUGGAGAGUUGCCACUCUUUGUCCUUUUGGCGGCAUAAAUAUGUUCCCUUCCCUGAAUGCAUUGCACAAAAAUGGAAAGUACAGAACACUACAAGCCAUGGAAUUAGAAAGUGGUGUUGGGCGGCAGUGGCGUCUUUGGAAAUGGGCAUCAUAUUGUGCUUCAGAGAAAAUCGCUGAGCAAGAUGGAGGCCGUUAUGAGAUGGCUGUAUAUGCUUUACAAUGCAGUAACUUAAAGCGUGUCUUGCCAAUCUGUACUGACUGGGAGUCAGCUUGUUGGGCAAUGGCAAGAUCCUGGCUAGAUGUUCAAGUGGAUCUAGAAUUAUCUCAGUACCAAACAAGUAGACCAGAAAAGCAACUUGAUGACGACAUGAAUGGAGCCCAAAGUUCAGUUGGUCCAGAAAGUUGGCCAUACCAUGUUCUUGAUCAGCAACCUCAUGAUUUAACUGCUCUUCUGCAGAAACUCCACUCAAGUGACCUUGUUCAUGAAACUGUCUCUCGAGCAUGCCGAGAGCAGCAUCGACAAAUUCAGAUGAAUCUCAUGAGUGGAAAUAUAUCUCAUCUUCUUGACCUUCUAUGGUCAUGGUUAUCACCUGCUGAAGAGAACCAUAAUAAUACUGCAAGGCCCCUUGAUGACCCUGAGAUGAUACGGUUCGGGGCGCAUAUUGUUCUUGUGCUGAGGCACCUUUUCAGUGAUGGGAUGGAUGAUGAGUUAGAUGAAAAACUGGUUACUGUCGGUGAUCUCAUCAUCAACAUGUACGUGAGGUAUUUGUUCUCAGAGGAUCAAGAGGAGUUGGUUGGAAUAUAUGCCUCACAGCUUCAACAUGACCUUUGCAUUACUUUGUUUGUAGAAAUGAUGGAACUAAGGUUAAAUAGCAGUUUGCAUACUAUGUACAAGCUCUUCCUUUCUGCUGUGGAGUAUCUGCCAUUCUCAUCUGAUAAUGUAUCCAAGGCUUGUUUUGAAGAGAUCAUCGAGAGGGUGCUUUCAAGAUCUCGGCAAACAAAACCCACUAAGUAUGAUGGGGAUUUCUCUGAUGUUGCGCAUCAACAUCACCUGCAAUCACUUCAAAAGGCUAUGGUUAUUCAGUGGCUUUGCUUCACACCACCAUCCUCGAUUCCAGACUUUCAAAUGAUCAGUUGGAAGCUUCUGAUACGGGCAUUGACACAUAGCAAUACACUGUUCAGGGAGUUUUCUCUGAUAUCAAUGAGGAGAGUCCCUGAGCUACCAGCAGGGCCACACAAGUUGCUUGCCAUUUUAGCUGAACCGUUAAAGCAAAAAGAAAAUUUAAUUUCACGGGAAGAUCCGGAGGUAUCUGAUAACUUGCCGGAGUUUGAAGAUUGGCAUGAAUAUUACUCCCUUGACGCGACUUACCGCAGUUGGCUUAAAAUUGAGAUGAUGAAUGCCGCUGUUUCUCCUGAGAUGCUUUCGGCAGAGGAAAAGGGUCAAGCUGUUGCUGCAGCUAAAGAAACACUGAACUUGGCAUGUUCGUUACUACGCAGGGAUGGAAGACCAUGGCUGUAUGCUGUCGAGAGCAGUCCAUUUGAAUCCCCCGAUGUUAUUUUCCUUGAGCUGCAUGCUUCUGCAAUGCUCUGCCUACCUUCUGGAGAAUGUAUGUUACCAGAUGCAACAUCAUGCACAGCUUUGACAAGUGCACUAUAUUCAACUGUCAGUGAAGAUGAUGUGCUGCAUCGCCUGUUGAAGGUGGAUGUCCAGGUCUCUUCUAGAGACCCCUGCUGUAUUGAAGUCGCUCUUCGCUGCUUAGCAGCAGAAGGUGAUGGAUAUGGGCUUCAUGAAGCCAACGAUGGAGGUCUUCUUGCUGCAGUCAUGGCUGCUGGCUUUAAAGGUGAACUCAGUCGGUUCCAACCUGGAGUUUCGAUGGCAAUUUCACGGCUUGAUGCUUGGUAUUCUGACCGGAGUGGUUCCGUGGAGAGCACCGCUGCUUACAUAAUUCGAGGGCUGUGUCGGAGGUGCUGCCUUCCUGAAACAAUUCUAAGAUCUAUGCAGGCAUGUAUCGCACUCUCCGCGGCUGGUGAUGAUCUAGAUUACUCUCUAGAUAAAUGUGACGAACUUGUUGAGUUAGUUGGUUCAGCCGAGUCUGGAAUGAUGCAUUUGUUCAGCCAGCAGCAGUUGCAGGAGUUCCUGAUUUUCGAGAGGGAAUAUCUCAUAUGUACAAUGGAGUUUGAGGAGGACCGGUUGCCUUGUGAUGGCUAAGCUUUUUCCCCACUUGCUGACUAAUCCAUGAGACAUGACCGGCAUGUGCAUUUUGUGGCGCCGUGACCCAAGAACCUGCUGUGAUGUAUCGCUACACCAUUUCAAAGCGAAAAGAUGGAAUUUAGUGCGUAACGUGGUUCUGCCCGUUUGUGCACGAGAAUUGGCCCGUUUUGGAGAGUCAAUAUAAGAUUAUUCAAGUCGAAAUCCAAGAUUUUUGUUCAUGAUAAAAACAAUGUUCGGCAAGCCUUUUUGUCCCGCCCGUGCUACGCGCACUCCGCCUCGGCUGCUUUUGCAUCGAUCCGAUCUGCCGUCCCUGGACACGCUGCAGCUGACAAGGGUCACCGGCAGCAUCCUCUCAAGUCAACUCCCAGAACGACUUCGUUUCCUGACUUCUGAGCACUGCCUGGACGCAGUAUGACAAGCCGACAACGACCAGGUGGCUAAACAAGUUCCAAUUCCUACUCAAAGCCUCAUAUUCAUAAAAGGCGGCUAAAGAAGUUCCAAUAAAGAACACCCAAUUCCAUCGAUCUUGACUCUUGUUUCCAAUCCGAGCUAUAUAGAAGAAUAUCCAUUGAUGGUUUGAUGCACUUCCCUGAUGUAAUUCAACAAUUUGAGAGGACAUGUCGAAAUGCUUCGGAGUCAAUCAGAUCUGCUGCAACUGGAAAGCUUCGUGUGGUGGAAGAGAAACUUAUGCAGCAAAAUGCUCAACUUUUACUGGACGAAGCUGCUUCCUGGUCACUUUGGCACAUAUAUGGCAAAGAACAUGAGGAGCUUUCUGGAGAGCUGUUGGUGCCGCCAAUUACAUCUCAUCAGGAGGCUUGCCGCUUUGUUGCAGCAGACAUUACAGCACAACUGUGUCUGCGGAUCAUACUUUGGCUUGAAGGUCUUGCUUCUGAAGCUCUUGAUUUGGAGAAGAAGGUGAGAGGACCUCAUGUUGGUUCGUACCUACCAAGUUCUGGUGUUUGGCACCGUACACAGAGGUACCUAAAAAGGAACAAUGCUGAUUCUACUAUAGUGAAGCAUGUGGAUUUUGAUGCUCCAACUCGUGAAGGGGCCCAACUUCUUCCUGAUGACAAGAAGCAAGAUGAAUUGCUUCUAGAAGAUAUAUGGACUCUUUUAAGAGCAGGAAGAUUAGAAGAGGCAUCUGACUUGUGCCGUUCUGCUGGCCAGGCAUGGAGAGUUGCCACUCUUUGUCCUUUUGGCGGCAUAAAUAUGUUCCCUUCCCUGAAUGCAUUGCACAAAAAUGGAAAGUACAGAACACUACAAGCCAUGGAAUUAGAAAGUGGUGUUGGGCGGCAGUGGCGUCUUUGGAAAUGGGCAUCAUAUUGUGCUUCAGAGAAAAUCGCUGAGCAAGAUGGAGGCCGUUAUGAGAUGGCUGUAUAUGCUUUACAAUGCAGUAACUUAAAGCGUGUCUUGCCAAUCUGUACUGACUGGGAGUCAGCUUGUUGGGCAAUGGCAAGAUCCUGGCUAGAUGUUCAAGUGGAUCUAGAAUUAUCUCAGUACCAAACAAGUAGACCAGAAAAGCAACUUGAUGACGACAUGAAUGGAGCCCAAAGUUCAGUUGGUCCAGAAAGUUGGCCAUACCAUGUUCUUGAUCAGCAACCUCAUGAUUUAACUGCUCUUCUGCAGAAACUCCACUCAAGUGACCUUGUUCAUGAAACUGUCUCUCGAGCAUGCCGAGAGCAGCAUCGACAAAUUCAGAUGAAUCUCAUGAGUGGAAAUAUAUCUCAUCUUCUUGACCUUCUAUGGUCAUGGUUAUCACCUGCUGAAGAGAACCAUAAUAAUACUGCAAGGCCCCUUGAUGACCCUGAGAUGAUACGGUUCGGGGCGCAUAUUGUUCUUGUGCUGAGGCACCUUUUCAGUGAUGGGAUGGAUGAUGAGUUAGAUGAAAAACUGGUUACUGUCGGUGAUCUCAUCAUCAACAUGUACGUGAGGUAUUUGUUCUCAGAGGAUCAAGAGGAGUUGGUUGGAAUAUAUGCCUCACAGCUUCAACAUGACCUUUGCAUUACUUUGUUUGUAGAAAUGAUGGAACUAAGGUUAAAUAGCAGUUUGCAUACUAUGUACAAGCUCUUCCUUUCUGCUGUGGAGUAUCUGCCAUUCUCAUCUGAUAAUGUAUCCAAGGCUUGUUUUGAAGAGAUCAUCGAGAGGGUGCUUUCAAGAUCUCGGCAAACAAAACCCACUAAGUAUGAUGGGGAUUUCUCUGAUGUUGCGCAUCAACAUCACCUGCAAUCACUUCAAAAGGCUAUGGUUAUUCAGUGGCUUUGCUUCACACCACCAUCCUCGAUUCCAGACUUUCAAAUGAUCAGUUGGAAGCUUCUGAUACGGGCAUUGACACAUAGCAAUACACUGUUCAGGGAGUUUUCUCUGAUAUCAAUGAGGAGAGUCCCUGAGCUACCAGCAGGGCCACACAAGUUGCUUGCCAUUUUAGCUGAACCGUUAAAGCAAAAAGAAAAUUUAAUUUCACGGGAAGAUCCGGAGGUAUCUGAUAACUUGCCGGAGUUUGAAGAUUGGCAUGAAUAUUACUCCCUUGACGCGACUUACCGCAGUUGGCUUAAAAUUGAGAUGAUGAAUGCCGCUGUUUCUCCUGAGAUGCUUUCGGCAGAGGAAAAGGGUCAAGCUGUUGCUGCAGCUAAAGAAACACUGAACUUGGCAUGUUCGUUACUACGCAGGGAUGGAAGACCAUGGCUGUAUGCUGUCGAGAGCAGUCCAUUUGAAUCCCCCGAUGUUAUUUUCCUUGAGCUGCAUGCUUCUGCAAUGCUCUGCCUACCUUCUGGAGAAUGUAUGUUACCAGAUGCAACAUCAUGCACAGCUUUGACAAGUGCACUAUAUUCAACUGUCAGUGAAGAUGAUGUGCUGCAUCGCCUGUUGAAGGUGGAUGUCCAGGUCUCUUCUAGAGACCCCUGCUGUAUUGAAGUUGCUCUUCGCUGCUUAGCAGCAGAAGGUGAUGGAUAUGGGCUUCAUGAAGCCAACGAUGGAGGUCUUCUUGCUGCAGUCAUGGCUGCUGGCUUUAAAGGUGAACUCAGUCGGUUCCAACCUGGAGUUUCGAUGGCAAUUUCACGGCUUGAUGCUUGGUAUUCUGACCGGAGUGGUUCCGUGGAGAGCACCGCUGCUUACAUAAUUCGAGGGCUGUGUCGGAGGUGCUGCCUUCCUGAAACAAUUCUAAGAUCUAUGCAGGCAUGUAUCGCACUCUCCGCGGCUGGUGAUGAUCUAGAUUACUCUCUAGAUAAAUGUGACGAACUUGUUGAGUUAGUUGGUUCAGCCGAGUCUGGAAUGAUGCAUUUGUUCAGCCAGCAGCAGUUGCAGGAGUUCCUGAUUUUCGAGAGGGAAUAUCUCAUAUGUACAAUGGAGUUUGAGGAGGACCGGUUGCCUUGUGAUGGCUAAGCUUUUUCCCCACUUGCUGACUAAUCCAUGAGACAUGACCGGCAUGUGCAUUUUGUGGCGCCGUGACCCAAGAACCUGCUGUGAUGUAUCGCUACACCAUUUCAAAGCGAAAAGAUGGAAUUUAGUGCGUAA